UUGAGACGGCGCGCCGGGAAGAGAGAGAAUGGGGGAGGACAACACCGGAACUCCGGGGCAAGCGGCGCCGACGGGGUGCUACAAGUGCGGGCGUCCAGGUCAUUGGUCCAGCGACUGUCCGGCGACGGAGGGAGACCGUGCCCUUCAUAAUCCCACUGCCCAUGGAUCUCGGCCAGAGACGGCGCGACCCACUGGCUGCUUCAAGUGCGGCCGUCCAGGCCACUGGUCGAGAGACUGCCCUGCGUCCACAUCAAACCGCCCACCCUCUGAUCCUUCUGGAAAACCCGCCGCCCGGCCCAUCGGGAAGCCCAGCCAGGCCCCCAAGAAGGUUUCCAGGGAAAGGCCAAAGCUAACGCCUCAGCUUCUUCUCUCCGACGAUGGUCUUGGCUAUAUUCUCCGCCAUUUCCCUCGCGCCUUUAAGCCACGCGGUCGCGGCCAUGAGUUGGAAGACCUCGGAAACUUAAUUGACUUGUAUGCUCAGUGGCAUGCCCAUUUGCUGCCCUACUAUUCGUUUGAACAAUUUGUGGAAAAGGUGGAAAGUCUUGGGGCUUCGAAGCGUGUCAGGAUGGUUACUAGAGAAUUAAGGGAGAGGGUAGCUAAUGGAGGCGAUCCCACAAAGUUAUACGAUGCCCCUGUGGAGAAAGAUGGAGGCAUGGAUGCUGAAGGUAUUCAUGUCACAGAAGAUCCGCCUCUGACAAACACUGAUGCUGAUGAGAUGCAUGAAACCAUGUUUGAUGAGAUCUACAGCCAAGCAAUGGAGGAAAAAACCGCUACUCCCGACCUUGAUGUGUCCAUCAAUCGCAAUUUAACCGCAGAGAUAUCAUCAGAGCCUGUAGUUGAAAACGAGUCCAGCAACCCAAAAGCCCAGGGGCAGAUAACAGAAGAGCAGAAGGCUCGGAUGGAGGCUAACCGAUUGAAGGCUUUGGAGAGAGCUGCUGCUCGAUCUAAUACCGUGAAGUCUUCUUGAUUACUCUAUGCUUUCUUUUUGUUUUCUUAUUUUCUUGAGGAUGCGUUCUUGUAUUGACUUUAGAACGCAUAAGACCUCUCUCUUUCCCUUGUUUGUAUAUGGUUCAGGGGUGUCUUGGAAGUGAUUUAAAGAAGAAAUAUGUUCUUCAGCUCUAGAAACUUGGUGAGAUUGCUGGGGAUGUCUCGUUUCUAAUUUAUUGCUGUCGGUCCAUUUAGUUUC